CAACUACCCCGGAGCUUUGCGAGUUCCUGGGGUUGCCUCAGGUGCCGCUCACGGGCGAUACGAGAAGGUGGAUCUUACCUCUGCACCUUUCCUGAGGUCCCCUAUCUGUUUGUCAUCAUGAGUAGUGAAUUCCUGGCGGAGCUGAAUUGGGAGGAAGGGUUCGCCAUCCCGGUGGCGAACGAGGAGAACAAGAUACUGGAAGAUCUGUUGUCAAAGCUGCGGGAUGAAAGGUCAAGCUUUCAAGAUCAGCUACGUGACUAUGAAGAUCGAAUUAAUGCUAUGACUUCUCACUUCAAAAACGUUAAGCAAGAGUUCUUAUUUACCCAGUCUCUUUGCAAAGCCAGGGAGCAUGAGACUGAAAGUGAAGAACAUUUUAAGAUGAUUGCUGAAAGAGAACUGGGACGAGUGAAGGAUGAAAUGCAACGACUGGAAAAUGAGAUAACUUCAAUACGGGAAAAGAAAAGUGAUAAGGAAAAUUACAUAUUUAAAACUACUCAAAAACUGGAUGGUUUGAAAUGUCAAAUGAACUGGGACCAGCAAGCAUUGGAGGCAUGGCUGGAAGAAUCAGCUCAUAAAGAUAGUGAUGCCCUCACUCUUCAGAAGUAUGCACGACAAGAUGAUAAUAAAAUUAGGGCACUGACCCUGCAAUUAGAAAGACUGACAGUGGAAUGUAAUCAGAGAAGAAAGGUACUUGACAAUGAACUUGCAGAGACUCUAAGUGCACAGUUAGAAUUGGAUAAAGCAGCCCAAGAUUUUCGUAAGAUUCAUAAUGAAAGGCAAGAACUCAUUCAACAGUGGGAGAACACAAUAGAACAGAUGCAGAAGAGAGAUCGAGACAUCGAUAACUGUGCCUUGGCAUUAGCAAAGAUAAAGCAGGAAAUAAGAGAAAAAGAAAAUUUGGUUAAGGAAAAGAUCAAGUUUUUGGAAAGUGAGAUUGGGAAUAACACAGAGUAUGAGAAAAAAAUUUCUGUUGCUGAUCGUAAAGUUUUAAAAUGUAGAACGGAAUAUCAAUGUCAUGAAACUAAUCGAAUUCAGCUGAAGGAUGAGCUGGAUUCUUUAAAAGCCACUGUGAAUAGAAGUUCCAGUGAUUUAGAAGCUCUGAGGAAAAAUAUUUCCAAAAUAAAGAAGGACAUUAAUGAAGAAACAACAAGGUUACACAAAAUUAAAAAUCAUAAUCAGAUUGUAAGAAAAAAAUUAAAGCAGAUAACUGAGAAAACUACAUCUGUAGAGGAGAAAGCUACCAACUUGGAAGACAUGCUAAGGGAAGAAGAAAGAGGUGCGAAAGAAGUAGAAGUUCAGUUGAACAUAGUGAAGGAUGUGCUAUUUAAGAAAGUUCAGGAAUUACAGACUGAGACAAUGAAAGAAAAAGCUGUUGUAUCUGAAAUUGAAGGAACCCGUUCUUCUCUAAAGCACCUCAACCAUCAGUUACAUAAACUGGACUUUGAAACCUUACAGCAGCAAGAAAUUAUGUACAGUCAGGAUUUCUACAUUCAACAAGUGGAACGCCGAAUGUCACGGUUAAAGGGAGAAAUUAACUCAGAAGAAAAACAAACCCUUGAAGCAAAAACUGUUGAACUUCAAAAGACAUUGGAAGAGAAAAAAUCUACAUUUAACCUUUUGGAAACACAGAUCAAGAAGCUUCAUAAUGAUCUUUACUUUAUCAAGAAGUCAAAUAGUAAAAAUCGUGAUGAAAAACAGUCCCUCAUGACCAAAGUAAAUGAACUAAACCUCUUCAAUGACAGAUCAGAGAAAGAACUUAAUAAAGCCAAAGCUUUGAAACAGGAUUUGAUGAUAGAAGACAAUCUUUUAAAACUUGAGGUUAAACGUAUUCGAGAAAUGCUUCACAGUAAGGCAAAAGAAGUUCUUUCUCUGGAAGAAAGAAAACAGCAAUUACACACUGCUAUGGAAGAACGGACCGAAGAAAUUAAGGUUCACAAAAAAAUGCUUGCAUCACAAAUAAGAUGUGUUGAUCAAGAACGGCAAAAUAUAAGUGCUGAGUUUCAUGAGCGGCUAAGUAAAAUUGAUAAGCUGAAGAAUAGAUAUGAAAUUCUUACUGUUGUUAUGCUGCCUCCUGAGGGAGAAGAGGAGAAAACGCAGGCCUAUUAUGUAAUAAAGGUAAUCUUAAUGGAUUUACAGUUGAAAACAGGCAAAUUUUACGAGGAAGAGUAUUCCUUCUGUGCCUUGAGGAUUUGGUCUUUUACUUUAAAUCAGGUGCAAGAAAUAAAUGCUUGGUGCUGCAUGUAGGCCCCAAGAUCUUUUAAGAAAGUGACUCCAUCUAGUGCUGAGUAUGAGGUAAAAAUUCAGCUAGAAGAACAAAAGAGAGCUGUUGAUGAAAAACACAGAUACAAACAAAGACAAAUCAGAGAACUACAGGAAGAUAUCCAGAGCAUGGAAAAUACUUUAGCAGUUAUAGAACAUUUAACAAAUAAUGUCAAAGAAAAAAUAUCAGAGAAGCAAGCUUAUGCACUUCAACUAAGGAGAGAAACUGAGGAGCAGAAGCCAAAAUUAGAGAGAGUAACUAAACAGUGUGCAAAACUCAUCAAGGAAAUCCGUCUUUUGAAAGACACGAAAGAUGAAACACUAGAAGAACAAGACAUCAAACUUCGUGAAGUGAAACAGCUUCACAAGAUCAUUGAUGAAAUGUUAGUUGAUAUCACAGAAGAAAAUGCUGAGAUUGGUAUUAUCCUUCAAACAUACUUUCAACAGAGUGGUUUAGCACUACCUACAGCUAGUACUAAAGGGAGUCGUCACAGUUCUAGAUCUCCUUCCCAGACUUCACUGGUAUCAGCAAGGUCAUCUAAGAGUACAAGUACUUCUGCUUCUCAGACUUCAAUUAAAGUAUUAGAGCUGAACUUCCCAGCCUCUUCACUAACUGGCAGCACUUCUAGACCAACUAGUGCUAGCAGUGGCUCCAGUAAUGGUAAAAGCAAAAAGAGCAGCAAAUAAACAUUUUAAUCCCUCUUUUGAACAAGUUGUAAACACAAAACCAAAAAUCUCAUAAUUUUAAAAUAGUAUAUCCCACUCACUCUAUGCUUUUGGGUGCCUUAUACUGAUAUACAGGCCUACUGAAAUAGUGUUAGAAAUACAAAAUGACCAGACAAAAGUUUUAUCCAGUGGAAAAUAUAAAAACUGUUAAAAAAAAAAAAAAGUCAAGCUAUUUGGGUCCAAAUAAGCCAAAGAAAUGUUUAAUUUUCUUAGCUUUUUUUCCUACUAUUUUUUUCACAUAGAGGGAAAGAAGUAAGAACAGAUUCUUAACAAUGAUACGUGUUAUACAAGCAUAGGGUUAUGAUAUUUUCCACUGUCAUUUUGUUUGUUGUAUCUCUUUUACCCUGGAAGAUCCUGAAAUUAGGUUUUAUUAAAAGAAACAUACUUCCCAGACUUUGGGGGAAGAAAUGUUAGUUUCUUCCUUUAGCAUAAUUAAAAAAUUUUUAGUCAAAAAUGUCAUUACCUCUCCCCCUCCCCCCACCAAGAAAACAACUGAUAGGAAAGAGAACCACUGUUAUCAAUAAAAGUGCAGCUUAAAUUUCUAGGAAGUAGUCCAUUCUGAUCUUGAAAGACGU